GACGAUUCUUAAAGAUGGCUACAGAAUCUGCUGAUCUUGUAGCAGCGGGCAGAUCAUUCCAUAAAUGUGGAACUGAUCCCGAGAAGGAUAUGACGGCAAUACUAAGAUUCGACGGCAACAGGACUCCUCAGUGGGAUAGUUUCAGGUAGAUUUUACCGGAUCUCAAUCCCUGGAUGAUGCACAUAGCGCAAAAAAACAUUCUUUUGGUACUUUUUGUCUUAAACACGGCCCUUACAUCUCUGCUGAGGGUGAUUGGCAACCCUUUAGUAAUGGACCCCAACAGCAUUUGUCGUAGGACUAGACCUCUCCUAGGCAGACAUGCUGACCUGUGCCAGUCUCAGCCUGAGAUCAUUCAGGAAGUGGCAAAAGGUGCCAGGCUGGGCAUGCGAGAAUGCCAACAUCAGUUCCAAAAUAAUCGCUGGAACUGCACCAGCAAGAGCAGAAACCUGGCCAAAAUCCUCCAACAAGAUAUCCGAGAAACUGCGUUCAUGUAUGCCAUCACAGCUGCUGGGAUAAUGCAUGCAGUAACACAAGCCUGCAGUCAGGGAGAGCUGCCACAGUGUGGCUGUGUGACCCUUCAGGGUUCCACUAAAUCUCAUCUGGCAGAGACAUACAACCAGACUUCACCUGCCAGAUACGGGCGCUGGGAAUGGGGAGGAUGUGGAGAUGAUGCGGACUUUGGUUAUGAGAAGUCUUUUCUGUUCAUGGACGCCAUGAAGCGUAAAAGCAAAAAUGACAUCAGGACUCUUAUUGACCGGCACAACAAUGAGGCAGGAAGGCAGGCCGUACGGAUACAGAUGCGUGCAGAAUGUAAAUGUCAUGGCCUUUCUGGUUCCUGCACUCUUCACAGCUGCUGGAGCAAGAUGCCUCUCUUCCGUCAGGUCGGUGACCACAUCAUGCAGAAAUUCUAUACAGCCGUCCAAGUGAUGGGAGGGAAUGAUGGUAAAUCACUUGUUUCCGUCGAUCUGGAUACUCCAGCCCUGGAUGCAAACGGUCUCAUCUAUUCAGCCGAGUCACCUGACUUCUGCAAGCCCAAUCAGAGGACAGGGGCAGAGGGCACACAGGGUCGUGUGUGUAACAGCACAGAGACAGGGCCAGGAGGCUGUGACACACUGUGCUGCGGUAGAGGAUUUGCAGAAUACAAUGUGGAAUAUGAAGAAAACUGUCUGUGUCAAUUUCACUGGUGCUGCGUGGUUCAGUGCCAAAGAUGUUCUGUGAGAAAGGAUGUCACAGUCUGCCUUUAAAGCUCACCUGUAGCAAGGGUUUCCAGUCCACCUCCUGGAGAACCACUAUCCUGCAAAGUUUUGUUCCAAAUUAAACCAAACACACCCGAACUAGUCUUCAGGGUUACUUGGAAAUCAAAAAUGGGAAAUCUGGAGGAUUAAAACAUUAGGAUAGUGCCACUAGUGGACCUCGCUGGGAAAGCAUUGCAUUCUAUUUUUAUACAAGCUUCUUCAGAAUCAGAAUCAGAAUCAGAAAGAGCUUUAUUGCCAAGUAUGUUUGCACAUACAAGGAAUUUGUUUUGGUGACAGGAGCAUCCAGAACACAGAAACAGCAACAACAGUACACAGAGACCAUAACACAAUAGAAUACAGUACACAAUGAUUUAAAUAAGGGCCUAUGGGUAUAAAAAAUUAAGAAAUACAAUACAAUAAACAUAAGAUAAAGAUAUAGAGAGUUCUGGGCAUUCUAAAGCAGUGACCUAUUAAAACAGGUGUUUAUCUCAUCAUACAGAAUUUAAUGGUCCACUGGUUACUGCAAAAAAUAUAAAGCAAUGCCCAUAAAUCAGGUGGGAGACAGGGCCAGUUCGAAUGAUUUGCUCACACUGCCACCUGCUGGUGCGUAACAACUGUUACAAAUAUGCCUAAAAAGUUAUUUUCCCUCUCAAUUUUAUUUGAAAACAUUUCAAACUAAUCUGGGAAUGUGAAUGAAAUCUAACACAAAAACACAAACCCUGAAGGUUUUAGAACUUUCUUUUUGUCUCUGGAGACCAACAGUCAUCUGUACUGUCCAAGGUGCUGAACAAAUGAAUGUCCACAAGGUGGAGCACAAGCAUGGCUCUUUAAUGCUGCAAAAGCGUUUGAUGCUACUGAUGCACCUGUACCACCAAGGAUUUAAAUGACCUUCUUAUUUUAAUAUGGUGUGCUUAAAUAAUAAGAAACAGGUUGGGUGAUGUAAAUCCUGGAAAUGGGUUGUUUUAAAAAUUGAGUGUGAAAAACAAUGUAUUGAUUUUGUUAUGUUAUGUGAUUUUAUGUUUCUCCUUUCUUCUCUUUCUGGGGGUGUGAAUUAGAGAAGACAGAAGUGGUAAUAUGGAUCAUUGCUCUCAACUGUUAAAACACGUAAAGCAUUUUAAUUAGAAGAUACAUCACUUUGUUGGGCAAAAUCCAAAAAUACACCCUGAACCUGUCGUUAAAAAUAGAAUUCUGAAAGAGAC